CAGCGCAAAAAAAUAAAAAUAAAAAAAGAUGUUAUUUUACUAAACAGGUGCAGAUUAUUUAUAAAUGCAUUCUUUUCCAUUUAAUGACAAAAUAAAACAUAUAUGGAAGGCAACUUCAUUUUUGGAAGUAGUUUUUGCUUUUUUCGGUUUAUUCGAUUUAAAAAACUAUAUGCCUCGAAUAAACUUUGACUUGUAUAUAGUAAAUGUAUAUAGUUUAAAUUUCCUAAUAUUAUUAAUAAUAAUAGACAUUCUAUAUGUUUCAUAUUCUUUUUCUUAAAAUAAAUUUGGUAUAACCUGGCCUUUAAAAAUCCUAUCAUCAGUCGCCUCUCUUUUCGUAACUGUACUAUUUCUUCCUAUAACCGAAUAAUUGAUAUCUGUAGUAGAAUGUGAGGCUAAUGAUCAAGGGAUUUAAGUUUUGAGUUAUUUUAACGAUGUCUAAUGUUGGAAAGGCUGGAUGCUAGUCCAUUAGAUUAUUUCGAUACUUUUUAUGCUUAUUUUCGUCAUUAUAAGUAGUAUAGUGUCUUUGACUUAUUUCGAACCGAAAAUGACAUCUGCAAAUAGAACUUCUAGGUAAGAUUCGAAAGGUGAAGUAGUGUUUAUUAUUAAUAAAGUAGUUUGUCAGUUUAUUUUUAGUUUUGUUCCAGAAGGAAAUGAUUGGCUCUUAGUUAUUUUACUUUUCGUAUUGAGUUUUUCUUUACAUUGGGUUUAUAAUAUGGAAGAUCCUUAUUAUGAUAAAGAAGUUGGCAAAUUUUAUAAAAUAGUAACUACUUAUUAUUUAUGGACUAAUUUCAUGCUUUUAAUAAGUUAAGUUUUAUUCAGUACAAGUUUUAAUGGAGGACUUAUCAUUUGGGUUUUAGGAUUACCUUUUAUAUCUUUCAUUAUGCUCACAUCUAAGAAAAGUAGAAUAGAUACACUUAUUAGAAGCUAAAUGAAAUUUAAAAACGGGGAAUAAGUCCAAGGACAUUUAAGAUACGUAUUAUCUUUAAUUUAAGAUUAAAAAACUGAUAAAAACGCCUAUAUGUUACUUAUUGGAUAUGUAGAAAAACAUAAAGAAAUUUGCCAAGAAGAAGAUUGUCCUUUAAAAAGCAAAAAAUAAAAGAAAAUUAAACAAACAGAAGAUGAAAUGGAAGAAACAAUAAAGAAUUUAAUAAAAGAAUUAGAUAGAAUAUAUAUAAACGGUCUUAAAAAAUUUCCCACAUGUACCAAACUAAGAAUAUCUUACGCAUUUUUUUUACUCGAAAGAAUGAAAAAAGUAACAAUAUAACAAAAAACAAAAACACAAAAAAUAUAAAAAAGAGAGAAUAAUCAUUAUAAUAAUUUAAACUAAGUGAAAGUACAAAACCUACAUUUGACGAAUAAUUUAUUAUAUAUAGAUUCAAAACAAUAAUAACUUCAAAUUCCGAUUAAAUAUCAGAAGAUGAUGAUGGAGGAAAUGAUAUUGUUAAAAGAAUCGAAUUCGAAUCCCAUAUAUAAUAAUGUGAAGAACUAAUGA